GCUGGUCAGCAGAACAUACAACACUAGUGCCAAGCCUCUGACCGAGAAUGCAAGAUGGCGAAUGCGGAGAGUGAUAGAAGGGCUAUCUCUGAGAAGAGGACACAAGCGUUUGUCUCACUGAGUGUGGGAGUUAUUUUCAUCUGUAUUGGACUUCCACUCUGGUGGAAUACUACAAAAGUUUACAGAGCAGCGCUUCCAUAUGAUGAAAUUGAACAGCUUAAUCAAAUUAAGGUUAGGUAUGUAGUAAGCCUCAAAGUAGUUGUGUUUGGUCCACAAGACCCCGUUGCUUUGAAAGAAGAGAUCGAGAAGAAGCUCAAUGAAGAAAAAGGUGAUACUUUGAUGUCAGCUGAGUACAGGCUGACAGUUGUAAGGAAAGAAAUCACUGAUUCUUCAAUGUCAACAGAAUUAAAAACCAAACCCAUGCAAGAUUUGGAUGACUAUUUUCUACGACAAAACAGCUUGGAAAAUGCACGAAGCCAACAUUAUUCCUUUUUUGUUCUACCUCAUGAACCUCCAGAGUCAAACACUAUCAGUGGAUAUAUUGGCAAACAUUUUCACUGCAUUUUAUUCAAUGAUAAAGAUCCAGCUAAGCUUGCUUCAGUUAUUACUGAGAUUGUUGGAAAUGUUUUUGUUAACGAAGAAGAAGUAAACAGGCCAUUUAGCUUGGCUUCAAAAAGGCAAUUUGCAAAGGACUCUGUGGAAAGUAUGCGAGCACAAAAGUCAACAACAGGUUUUCAGGUUUCCUUCACACUUUUGAACUCUGAUCCAGACUCAGUCCUGGCUGAAUGGGAUAUAGAGUCUGCUGUUCAAAAGUAUUUGGAUCCCUUCCUGUUGAAUUUUCCACAUUUGGAUAUAACUGUAGAUUCUCAGGUUUUGCAUUAUAGUAGCCUUCAAAUUAAUCCUAAAAAGGAUGGUGAAGUUUUCUAUCUCCACUAUGAUGACUUACCUCAUAUGAUAAAUCCCAUAGAAGGCAAACUUGGUUCACAUAUUUCUUUAUAUCCCAGUUUAAACUUUGUGGUGUAUGUCCCAUCUAAGAAGCAUUCACCAAUUUACAUGAAAAAUAAGGAUGGCGAGCUGAGCAGUAGCAAUGCAUUCAUGAGUCCACAGUGGGGUGGCAUCAUGAUUUACAAUCUGCCACGGACUACGUCGACGAAUAACACCAAACCACAACAGAUGACUGUGGAGAUGAAGCCAGUCAUGAAAGUCUUCCUAUCACAACUUAAAUUGUUACUGGGAAUGAUGCCUGUGAAUCCUCCAAAUGGUAUCGAAAUGAGAAUCGCUGAUGAUGCUGGGGUCGCAAAAUGGGAACAAGAGUCGCUGAUGAGGCUGAAGACAAUGGAAUAUUUAGCAACUUCUACGAUCACGUUGACGUCACUCGCACAGCUCCUCGGGAAAAUCAGCAACAUGGUGAUCAAUGAUCACAUUCAGCAACAAAUCGAGCAGGCCCUGGGUUCCAUUCAUCAGUCUACAACAGCUCUUCAAGAGGGAAACGGGACUGCAGCAGUCUUUGCAGCCAAAAGUGCUAUUAGAUCUUCAGAGGAAGCAUUUUUUGAACCAUCAAUACUGGAGCUGUUGUACUUUCCAGACGAUCAGAAGUACGCCAUAUAUAUUCCGCUGUUUCUACCCAUCAGUCUACCUAUUUUCCUGUCGUUGAGGCAGGCAGUGAAAUGGUACAGAGGACAAGACAAUGAAGACAAGAAAGACGAAGACAAGGAUAAGCAAGAUUGAAAACAGCUCUGAACUAAAAGAAUAACGAAGAUGACGGGCUGGGACGAGAUAACGUGGAGUCGUGUCAACUGAGUACAUGCGCAGUCUCAUUUAAUGAGAGGGAGCUACAGGAAACCAUUUCACAACGACAUAAUUUUGACAAUCAAAUAAUUCAGAGAUACGAGUUAUCAGUGAGGACUUUAGGGAAAAACAUGCUGGUUAGAAUAUGUCACCACAUGUAUCUGUAAUGCAAGCGAGGAAACGUGCAACAAAACACCGUGCAAAGCUCCAAGCGUACACUGGAGUUAACUCGCUUGGAACUGCGACAAAAUGGCAAACUAUCGACGACGAGAGAAACUCCCUCCUUAAAAAUUUUCAGAGCGGUAGCUCUUACCAGAAUAUACCAUGUGCAAAUCCAGCAAAAUGAAACACACUUUGUUACUUUUGUAACAACGAAUUCCAUAUUAGCAAUAUGCCGUUAAUUAACUAAAUAUCAAUUUAAGUAGCAGGUUUAAAUUAGAAUUCUAUCUUUUUAUUGCGAA